CACAUAAACAUAUCAUGUUAUCAUGUUGUUUUUGAUCCGAGGAGUGAACAAUGGUCGGACAGAAUAGUUCGCGUUUGAAGACGUUGCAUUUGGUUUAAAAACGGCUACGACAGCAAUCGACAGAUUCGUAAUAUUCCGCGAGAACAUUAUAUUUAAUAUAUUAUUAUACGUAUAUUUAUUAUUGUUUUUUUUUAUCGUUUUAAACGUGUUGUAUAUUUUACUCUAAUAUGGUAUUACAUACUCAAAAUACUACUCCGUAGAACCCAUUUGGACGUUUUCCGGUUCGUAGACGUUUUUCGUUUUAGUCUCGGCGGCGAUUUUCAGAAAAUUCCGUUUCAAGUCAUCAAUUCUUGCGUAUAACCAAAGUUUUUAUUUUCCACAAUGAAAUUGAAUUCACGACACGUGUCUCAGAGGUGGGUGAUGGCUGUGAUGGGGAUGAUGGGCGUCACGAUGGCGUACGUGAUGCGGGCCUGCUUGGGAAUUACGCUCACACAAAUGGUCAAGCCCGUGGUGGUGGCGGACGGGGGUGCGAAAUCCGUUCGGCACGACUACUGUCCAAUGCAAAAGUCGUCAUCGCGUGGUCACCCCAAGUCCAACAGGACAUUAAUAGUGGAUGAUGAGUUCCAGCAUCGGUUCGAUUGGGACGAGAAGACGCAGGGUGAGAUCCUGUCGUCGUUCUACUAUGGUUACAUACUCACGCACUUACCCGGCGGCGUAUUAUCCCAGAGGUUCGGUGGCAAGCACACGAUGGGAAUAGGAAUACUGUCCACCGCAAUCUUCACGUUAAUGACUCCAUACGUAGCGAACAUGGGUCCGAGGCCACUGACAAUUCUUCGGUUCGUCGAAGGACUCGGAGAAGGAACUACUUACCCGGCUCUCUACACGCUCCUGGCACAGUGGGCCCCGCCUGAAGAAAAGGGAAAACUCUCCACAGUAGUGUUUGCAGGUGCGCAAAUAGGUAAUAUUUUCUCAAACUGCUUGAGUGGUUUUAUCAUACAAUACAUACCCGGUGGUUGGCCGAACGUCUUUUACUUUUUCGGCAUAACCUCGUUGAUUUGGUUUGUGCUCUGGUGCAUGUUCGUUUACAACGACCCAAAAUCCCAUCCGUUCAUAUCAGACAUGGAGCGCGACUAUUUAAAACAGUCAAUUGGAAGCCUAGAAAGGAAAAAGGAUUUGCCCCCUACGCCAUGGAAGUCCAUAUUAACGUCAUGGCAAAUAUGGGCACUGAUUUUUAUUGAAGUAGGACAUGACUGGGGUGCUUUUACGAUUAUCAGCGAUCUCCCAAAAUAUAUGAGUGACGUCUUACAUUUUUCCAUUAGUGAAAACGGUUUAUUAUCGUCCUUUCCAUUCAUCGCCCAAUGGGUUACAUCGAUUUUAGCUAGCAUUUUGGCUGACUGGCUGAUAAGCAAGCGAAUAAUGAGUGUCACUGCGGUCAGAAAAAAUUUUGCCAUAAUAGGAAAUGUCGGGCCUGGUAUUGGUGUAAUGUGUGCUUCGUUUGUCGGAUGUGACAAAAUGAUAGCAACUCUAUGUUUUACUUUGGGUAUGGCACUAAUGGGAUUCUGUUAUCCCAGCAUCCGUGUCAAUUCACUCGACUUGUCACCCAAUUAUUCUUCUACUAUAAUGGCAUUAGUCAACGGUAUUGGUUGUUUAUCAGGAAUGGCUACUCCUUACAUCGCCGGAAUUCUGACACCAAAUAGAACGGUUUUAGAGUGGCGGCUUGUAUUUUGGAUUAUGAUGAUAGUAAUGACAUCAUCAUCUGUGUUGUAUGGGCUAUUUGGGUCCGGUGAGUUACAACCAUGGGACGACUUAGAACAACAUUAUCUAAAAGAAAAGGAAAAAUCAGAAAAGGGAUUACCUAUGGAUGAAAGUUUAAGUAUAAUUCAUUCAAAAUCCAUAGAAGAUGGAAAGUCGUUAAAUAAAUUAGAAUCCUGACUAAUUAGACUAACAAACUUAUCCUACAAUUAUGAAAAAGGUAGUGGUUUGUGUUGUUUUUGUGUUUUAUUGAUUUUACUGAUGGUUUUGUGAUUAAAAUCAAUUUUCUGAUCUUUUUGUGUAAUGUGUACUGGAGUGUCCCAUAUACUACUAUUAAUAAUAGAAAUAAAAAUGAUUUCUUUCAAGAUAUAAAAAGGUGAGCAAGUGGGUGUCGCUCUGCUGUACAGUAGAUUACAAGUGGGUCACUGUAAUGGAUGGUGUUAAAUUUGAAUUCAAUAAUAUUAUAUCAUUGUAUAAGAAAAACGAUUCUGAGCAAAGACGGUCAGUAAGCCUAUGAUAUUACUAAGUAUUUUUAUAAGCAUUUAUAAAGUUCAAUUUUUGACAAAAUUUAUGAAAUGCUCAAUUUUCAUAACUAAGGAUUGAAAAUUUAAACCUAGCCUAAAUAGAUUAUAUAUAAAUUACUUUUUUCACAAUAAUAUCAUCUAUAUAUACUUAGUAAUAUAAUAAUUUACUGACCGUCUUCGCUCAGAAUCGUUUUUCUUAUACAAUGGUAUAUCAUUGAAUUCAAAUAUCCAUUACAUGACCCACUUGUAACCUACUGUACAGCAGAGUGACACCCACUUACUCACCUUUUUAUAUCUUGAUAGAAAUCAUUUGUUUUUAUUUCUAUUAUUAAUAGACAAUAGUAGUACCUAUAUAGGACACUCCAGUACAUAUUACACAAAAAGAUCAGAAAAUUAAUUUUAAACACAAAAACAUCACAAACCUCUACAUUUUCAUAAUUAAAUCACAAUAAGAUCACAAAUCAUUAAUUUCCAUAAUAAAAAACAAAAAAAUCACAAAAUGUCAUUGUCUUAUAAAUUGAAACGGCAGCGGCGGCGCUUUUCAGUAAGUGUAGCCCAAACUAGUCGCUGGAAGUGUGGUGCAAAGGUCAUACAGUUGGCUACGACGCGUGCAGUUACCAGUUCGAAUCCGGCUCAGUGCAAAAAAUUUUAUUUAUUAUUAUAUUAUUUAUAUUAUUUUACAAUUUCUACUUUUUGUUCUUAAAUAAAAGAUUAUUAUCAGAAUAUUUGAUUUUUAAUUAAGAUCAUAAAAUAAUUGUUGUGACAA